CAUCUUGUCGGCGAAGAAAAAAAGAUGAAGAGGAGCGGAUCGAUGAUCUGAUUUUAAUCAGAUUGGGUCUGUACGUACAUGCAUAAUGUAUACCCUGAAAUUGUUCAGUGGACUAUUUUUUUCCCCAUUUAGAUUGGCAGUGCUAGCUAUUCCAGAUGACUUAUAUUUUGUUUGUUUGUGUUUGGGUUUUUUGUUGUUGUUUUUUUUGUUUUUUUUUAAAAAGAUAAGCUGUGAAAUGUGUACGAUGUAAUCUUUGCUAGCCAAGAGUGACGCUCCACGGUGUUUUUCUUUUCACAAUGAAAAGAAAAACGCCCCUUGGCUAGCGAAGGUGAUACACAGUGUUUUUGGAUCCGCAAACGCCAAAACUGUAGGUGGCGCUACAGGUAUUGACAGGUGAGAUUUCAGUUUACAUACGAGCCAAAAAUAAAAACAGGUUUGAUGAAUCGACUAGAGAGCAGAGAAUGUAAACAAAACAUGGAUACACCGUAAAUUUGUUGACAGUUCUGACCGGGAUUGUGUGUGGCCAUGCUGGCGAUUCUGGACCAGUAUAGCCAGGUGAUAAAAUUUUCAGAGCUCCCUGACCCAACGUCGACAUGGGAGUUACAGGCACUAAUCGGGGAAGGGACAUAUGGGGAAAUACACCGAGGCAUCCACAGGGAGUCGGGCGAAGUGGUGGCAAUGAAAGUCCUGGAGUCGAUACACGAGAUGAUUGAGGAGAUUGAGGAGGAGUACCAGAUCCUGCGAGACCUCGGUAACCAUCCCAACAUUCCACGUUUCCAUGGUAUCUACCUCAAUCCACCUACAUCAGGACUCAAUGCAGAGAUCUGGAUGGCAAUGGAGCUCUGUGGACGGGGCUCUGUGACCCAUUUAGCCCGGGAACUGAUUGGACAGGGCCGGGCUCUAGAGGAGGAUCUCAUUGCCCACAUUCUGCGAGAGACCCUCCAAGCUCUGCAGCAUCUGCAUAAAAACCAUGUGAUUCAUAGGGAUGUCAAAGGUCACAACAUAUUGAUCAACGACCAGGGACAGAUUAAACUUAUAGAUUACGGUGUAUCGGGUCACCUCAACAGUACCCUGGCGAGAAAGAACACAUCUGUCGGAACGCCUUAUUGGAUGGCCCCGGAGGUAAUUGCAUGUGAGAGGCAGUUGGAAUAUAACUACGACAUACGAUGUGACAUAUGGUCCCUGGGUAUAACCGCAAUAGAACUGGCUGAUGGCGAGCCACCAUUAUCCGACCUUCACCCCAUGAGAGCUCUGUUUAAAAUCCCAAGCUUGUUGAAUAACGACAAGAGAAAUCCACAACCUCAGCUAGCUAACCCCGAUCAAUGGUCAGACGAUUUUAAAGACUUCAUUGCACAGUGUCUGAUUAAAGAUUUUGAACUUCGUCCAUUUGCUCAGGAUCUUCUUCAUCAUCCAUUUAUCACCAAAAUUUCCAAAGACAUAUCACAGUUUCAGAAACGACUUCGAGAACUGACCUCCAAAAUGGAGACUACCAUACAUGAACCUGAAAUAACAGCCAAAAAAGGAAAACUGAAAUCCAGGCGUAAAUCUCGAAAAGGGACCAUUAAAACAACUGACGAUCUGGCCACGCUGGAAAAUCUGGAUGAGGAGACCAUAGUUUCUCAGCUGGAGUGUCGAUACAGUCAGGGUCAGAUUUACACAUACAUUGGGGACAUACUGCUGGCAGUCAACCCCUUCCGGCCACUCAUCAUAUACACUGAGGAGUACACCCAGCGGUACAGGAAUGCCAGUAAGGAGGACAACCCUCCCCACAUCUUCGCUGUAGCUGAUCAGUCAUAUCAGAGUUUGAUGCAUAAUAGGAAGAACCAGUGUAUCGUAAUCAGUGGAGAAUCUGGUGCUGGUAAAACAGAGAGUGCCAACUUACUGGUCCAACAGCUGACUCAACUCGGCAAGGCCUCCAACAGAACCCUAGAGGACAGAAUCCUGCAGGUCAACCCCCUGAUGGAAGCCUUCGGUAACGCAAAGACUGUAAUCAAUGAUAACUCAAGUCGAUUCGGAAAAUAUCUGGAGAUGUUCUUCACCCAAAAUGGAAUGGUCACCGGAGCCAAAAUCACUGAAUACCUGCUAGAAAAAUCCCGAGUCAUUUCACAAGCAGCAGGUGAGCAGAAUUUCCACGUGUUUUACUACAUUUACGAUGGGCUGAGUUCUGAGGAGAGGGCAGAAUACGACCUCAAAGAAAAAACAAGAUACAGGUAUAUCGAUGAGUAUAGCAGUCGGCCACCAGAUGUCUCUUCAGUAUCGGUGAAUCGAGUCAAGUUCAAGGCCAUACAGCAUUGCUUUGACAUCAUUGGAUUCAAACCAGAGGAGGUGAAAGCAGUGUACAGUGUUAUCUGUGCAAUCUUACAUACGGGUAACAUUGAGUUUGAGGAGAAGGAAAUUACAGAUCACAAAGGGGACGCCUGUGUAAUCGCCAACAUGGAGCUCGUCAACACCAUCUCCAGGCUAUUAGGAAUUCCUACUGUAGACCUGGUGGAGUCCUUGACGACCACAGGAAUGGUGGCAAGGGGAGAGCUGAUCGUCAGGGACAAUUCAGUCCCCGAGGCGAUCGAUUCACGGGACGCCAUGGCCAAAGCGUUGUAUGGACGGUUGUUCAGCUGGAUUGUCAAUCGCAUCAACAGUCUCCUGAAGCCAAGCUCCCAGGGAAAAGAAGACAAUAACCUAAUUGUUGGACUGCUGGACAUUUUCGGAUUUGAAAACUUUCCUAAGAACUCUUUUGAACAACUUCUGAUCAAUAUUGCCAACGAACAAAUCCAGUACUACUUUAAUCAACAUAUCUUUGCAUGGGAAAUGCAAGAAUACCGAACAGAAGGUUUGGAGGGAGUGAACGUCUCAUUUGUGGACAACCGACCUCUGCUGGACAUGUUCCUGAUGAAACCUCUUGGGCUACUAGCCUUGCUGGACGAGGAAAGUCACUUCCCAAAGGCUACAGACAUGUCACUCGUAGAAAAAUUUCACAAGAAUAUUCAAAACAAUAACUACAGCAGACCCAAGGGAAAUAACCUCACCUUCUCCAUCGACCACUAUGCUGGCACGGUUGUGUAUGAUGCAUUGGGAUUUCUGGAGAAGAAUCGCGAUCGACUGCCGGCUGAUGUCGUCAGCAUGUUACGAGCCUCAGGAAAUACAGUCAUUAGAUCCCUCUUCAGCACUCCACUCACCAAGACAGGGAACUUAGCCGAUGGCAGCAUCAGAUCAAGUCGACAGACCCCCACGAGUUCAGUGGGUUCUCCUGGGACCUCAGGACCAAUCACAAUCAUGUCCUACAACUCGAAAUCCUCCAGCAUGGGAGGAAGUCGGAUCUAUGGUGCUCUUGGGUCCGGGUCGACCAGCAUGACUAAAAUUCAGCAGACCGUGGCCACAUAUUUUCGGUAUUCCUUGAUGGAUUUGCUGGCCAAGAUGGUGGCAGGGGCUCCUCAUUUUGUCAGAUGUAUUCGUCCUAAUGAACUGAAGCUUCCUGACGACUUUGAGCCGGAAAAAGUGACCAUUCAGCUUCAAUACACAGGGGUCCUAGAGACAACUCGCAUCAGGCGGGAGGGGUUCUCUCACCGCAUUCCAUUCGCUGAAUUCCUUAAAAGAUAUUCCAUGCUGGCAUUCCGAUGGGAUGAGAGAGUGGAUUACACGCGAGACUGUUGCUUCACUUUGCUUGACCGACUGGAUAUGGCCAUGUACCAACUGGGGAAAACUAAGGUCUUCCUGAAGUAUUACCAUAUAGAGAAGCUGUCUAGAAUGUAUGAGGAGAGAAACAAGAGGAUCAUCUGUAUGCAAGCAGUCAUCCGGAGAUUUCUAGCAGUCAGUCAGUACCACAGACUCAAAUGGCAGAGAGAGAAAGCGGUGAUAAAAAUCCAAGCAUGUAUGAGGAUGUAUUUAACAAGAAAGCAGUAUAAGAAGUUGUACAUUGCACAGAAAACUUCAGCUGUUCAACUACAGAGAGUGUUCAGGGGUUACCUUGUAAGAAAGAAAGUGAAACCUAUAAUAGAGGAGAGAAAGAAGGCAGCCACUACCAUCCAGGCAAGACUCCGGGGGUACCUGUUCAGACAAAGACUGAAACGAUCCAAAAAGGAGCAAGAAAGUGUACUCAGAAUUCAGAAAGCUUUCCGGUCCCGUAAAGCGGCGAAGGCCAGUAAGCAGGAGAUUGCACGGAGAGAGGUCGACAAAGAGAGGGCGGUGCUACUGAUUCAGAGUUUUGUCAGAAUGUGGCAGACUCAGGCUAAAUACCAGAAGCUGCUGGAGUUCAGGUCACAGAAGGAAAUCCAGCUCAGUUUCUUCACUCAGCAGGUGGAGUUGUACAAUAAGGAGAAAUGUGAAAUUCUGAUGAAAAACAACUCACCUGUUCACUUACCGACCAGUGACCCUCCAAAAUCCCCAACAAAACCAGCUAGUGACACAGACACUGCAGUCUAUGCUGUACCCCAGAAAAGACGAGCCCCUCCCCCUCCAAUAUCUCCCCCUAACCUACAGAAACCCCCUCCUGACCUAGGUGAGGAGAGACUGGAUCACAUGAGCAAAAUGAAAGAACUCAAACCCGUGAUGCCAUGGCUAGAGACAGGCUACUAUGACCAGAUAAAUGGAGUACCAAAUCACCUCACAAAUGGACACCCCAGUAAUGAGAAGGAAGUGAGUAAACCUCCUCAAGUGGAGGGUCCUCAGACCAAAGAGAAGGAGCAGGUGCCUGUCCCUGACUACUCGAUGGGGAGGGACAGUGAGAGUCCUCGGACCGAGAAGGAGGUGCCUCUCCCCGACUACUCGAUGGGGAGGGACAGUCCUGUCCUGUUAGUGAAGGCAGAGGUUUAUCCUCAACCCCAACUACCAGACCAUCUCAGGAAACGAGGGGAAGAGAAGACGAUUAUGAAACCAGAAAACAUUAGAUACUACGAUCAGUUCUCCCAUUCCACAACAAGUUCCUACGAGAUUCCCAAGGAUCAGGUGAUAGACUGGGAUCAACCUCUUGUUGAGGCACACGACCACACCAGUGUCUCGGACAGCAAAAAGCCUAAAGCAGGAACUGAAGAGUUUGAGAGAUCGCGGGCUGCAAGGAGUAUUGCUGAGGCAAUUCUGGCUAAUGGAUCUCUCCGUGGCCGACGCCCACCUUCCUUUGAGACCAAUAAAGACUCCUUGUCUUAUAAAGAGGAAUUCUACAAUGAUAGUGACAAGCAAGACCUGGUACAGAAACAGGAGAGACAAGUUAACGGGAUUGUCGCGGGACAAUGGCACCACAGACAGAGGCAAGAGGAAGAAGAACAAAGAGAGGACGUACCCCAACCCCCCGCCCCUCCACCACCCCCACCUCCACCUCCCCCACCCCCAAUAAAACGGGAUCCACCCACUUUCUACAUUCCCCCUCCCCCUACAGAACCUCCCCCUCCUAUCCCUACCAGUGUUACACCUCCGUUUUCAAUUGGAAUUCCUCUGACCAAUGGAAACCCCCCUGUGAGCAAUGGUGUUCCUAAUGGUGUCUCGUCCCCCACAGAAUUGACGAAAGUCAAGUUUCAGUUGAAGCCAGCCGUAAUUCCGCCCUCCAAGAUGAACGGAACAUCGAACAUUGCCCAGGAAUUAAGUAAUGGUAUAGACUUCCGAGGUCGACUACGGAAAACAAACUUUGAGAUGGAUCAGGGAGUCAAACACAAAGAUCCUAACUCCGUGACUCAGGUCGAUUUCCGCCAUUUACUGAGAAAAACAGGGAGGAUCACAUUUAAAGAGAAUGGAGGGGAGAAUUAGAAAUGACCUACAUCAUUGUGAAAUUAGGUCACGUUGACCCAAUUGAAGUUGAAAGAGGAAUGAUAUUUGUUCUGUUAUGAAACAAUCUCAGUCUCUUCUGAUGAGUGCUUUAAAAACUUACUUAUAUUCAAACUACUUGUGAUAUUUUAUUAUGUUUACACAAACUUGUGACUGUGAUAAAAUCUGCAAAAAAUAUUCAUAUCAAAUCUGCAUACCCAUGACUUUAUCCAAAUAUUUCUGCAAUGGCAAUUUUCUGCUAUAGACAAAUUGUCAGCUAAAUUCAUGAAACAGUUGUUACUAUUUUUUCUCCACGCAUAGUUACAUGUAGAUAAUUCGCAUUGCUGUUGGGUGAUUUUCUAUCAGCAGUUGAGUUUUGGACCAAUAUGAUACUAAUCGUUUUUCUGUGCAACACUUUGAUAUAUUCAUUAGUCUUCCGGAAAUGUUGUACGUCCUGGUUAGGUCCCUUUGUUUUAUACAGCUGCUAUAUACAUACACAGCAUGCUCAAUAUCUUAAUGUGCAAUCAUGACAUAGCAUAUAUAUAGAGCGUCUUUCACAUUGGCAAUCUGUCUAUCAUGGUGUUGUCUACAUUUCCUUAGUUUCAUGUUGUGUAAUCAAUUUGUAUAUCCAAUGUUCAGUUAUUUGUAUUAGUAUUUUUUUUUUCAAGAUUCAACAACAAAUUAUUUUGUUCCAAAGGUUUGAGAUCAAAGUUUUAAAAAGUGUAUAUUCCUGUUUGGGCUUAGACAGGGGGAAAAUGUGUUUACUUGGACCCCCGAGAUUACCUUUGACAAACUGUCGUAUCAAUGAAUACCAGAUUUUUAAGCUUUAAUGGGUUUGAGGAUAGAUUUGCAUUCAGGGUUAAAGAAUUUUCAUUAAUAUAUGUAUAUGAUAUAGAGGAAGUGUAAUAUAAUCCCCAAUUUAUUUGUUGACUUUUUUUAUACAUGUAAGCACUUGGUGUUUUUUUAAAUAUAUUUUAUUUAACAUGAUACAUAAAUAUUUAUAAAGAUUCCUCAGCAUUCCGUGACCAAUGGAAAAUUGACAAUUGUUUUAAGGUCACGUACCUCACAAUAAGCAUUAUUCUGAUUUAUGCAUGUACACACAAUGUGUUGCUUACAAACAUGACGGACAAACAACAGCCAGAGUUGUUACUCCUGUGUAGACUUGUGGUCCUUUGGUGGGUUGUAUUUUUUUUUUUUUUUUUUGGUUUAACAAAACCUUUUUCAAUUGUAUAUUAAUGAUGUAUUCCUUUAUUUGUAUAAUUACUGUAUAAGCUUGUGGUUAUUCAGGAACAUUUAAUGAAUUCCAUCGACACCCCCAUCAUUGUAUCUGCCUCUAUGUUAGAUGUAUCAUUAUGUGGAAUAUUUUAUUUGUCACGCGUAUUUAUCAUGUAUACAUGAUUUUUUUUUUGGGGGGGGGGGUUAGAAUGAGGACAUUCCUUUACUUUUUUGUAUACACCUGACACCGUGGACCAUAAUAACUUUUUGUUUGUUUUUUAACAUGUAUAAAUUCAUUAGACAGAUAUUCAUAGACAAGUGGAAGCGUUUUGAUUGAAUAUCAGUGACAGGUGUUUCAUGUAACAGGAUAACAUUGCAUUUUAUAACAGCAUUUCCUCACUGAAAAACAACAAAUUCCUCAUAUUAUAUUUUGACAAUUAAUUGACCUGUUAUUACUUCCUGAUGGUUUACGGAGCACUCUGUUGUCAGAACAUGAAAUCCCUGUUACUGUUUCAUGUCCAGUAGGCAGCAGAGUGUUUUAGAGAGGUACAUGUAGAAUAUCCGUAACAAGAUUUUACAAAUUAGAGACCAAAAUAAACGGUAGAUUUUCUUUUAUAAGAGAAUUUUUUUUUAUUUAUAUCAGAAGCCAAUGAUCAUUUAUAUGAAUUCCGAUCGUUUUUAUUUUUCAUUUAAUGUGUAACUCAUUAAGUAAGCAUGCGUUGCUUAGAUUAUUUUAGCCAAUCAACGUCCCUGAAUUAAGCCUUUUAGAUGCUGCAACACUUGUGCAUGUGAUUUCUAAAGAUUGUUUACUAGAAAUGACGUGAUUAUGAAUUAUUAGACUUACAAAAUUUGCAAUAUACACACAAAUCGAAUCAACAUUCGUUAAAUUUUCAUAUUCUACGGUUGUUAAAAAAUAUGUAAGAUAUAUUGUGGUGCUGUUUCUCAUCAACAGUAGAAAUAAAAGUAUAUGGAAUAUA